AUGCCUCGUGCCAACGACCCCACCUCCAAGAUCUUCUACAAGGGCCGCUCCGACGACUUCAUUGUCUUCGUCGACGACCUCGAAAUCCUGCACAAGUGGAAGAACGACCGCAGCAUCCCAUUGAGCGAAGUGCUGAACGGCUGGAAGAUCUUUGUGACGCACUCCCACGGAGCUCAAGGCGUGCUGGACACCGCCAGCAAGGCCAGUUUGAACAACGAGUUCGGAACCAACAACGAGGAUGAGUGCAUGAUCAAGAUUCUGGAGGGCGGCGAGUACCAGAACUACACGCAACGUGAGCGUGAGGGCGGCAAGAACGACUCCAAUGGCCCUAUUGGAAUCACCCGGUAA